AUGAUUAGAUAUCGAGGCAAGAAGAAGGUAAUAGACAAAGUGAAAGAGUUAGAUGCUUUUUCCAAAGUUCCUGAUGAGUACGUGGACAGUACGCCGGUAGGAGGAACAUUUUCAAUAAUAACGUUUUUUAUUAUCAUGUGGCUCGUUUACAGUGAAGUUUCAUACUUUCUAGACAGCAAUCUGGCUUUCCGGUUCAUGCCAGACACAGAUAUGGAUGAAAAGUUAAGAAUAAAUAUAGAUAUAACCAUUGCAAUGCCUUGCUCCAAUAUUGGGGCUGAUAUUUUAGACUCUACUUCACAAAGUGUCUUUGGCUUCGGCGAAUUGCAGGAAGAAGAUACCUGGUGGGAACUUACACCAGAGCAAAAGAACGCCUUUGAAGCAGUGAAAUAUAUGAACUCAUAUUUGAGAGAGGAAUAUCAUUCUGUGUGGCAGUUACUAUGGAAAAAGGGGCAUGGCUCUGUCAGAGCAACUGUUCCGCCUCGGAAAACUAAACCUAAUCGAAGACCAGACGCCUGUAGGUUACAUGGAGUGCUCACAUUGAACAAGGUUGCUGGAAAUUUCCAUAUAACAGCGGGGAAAAGUUUACAUUUACCGAGAGGGCACAUACACUUAAAUAUGCUCUUCGAUGACACCCCACAGAACUUUAGCCACAGAAUAAACAGACUGAGCUUUGGCAGUCCUGCUAAUGGCAUUAUAUAUCCAUUGGAAGGAGAUGAAAAAAUUACUUCAGAUGAGAGCAUGUUAUAUCAGUAUUUUUUAGAAGUUGUGCCGACUGAUGUCGACACUACAUUUGAAUCUAUCAAGACCUUCCAGUACUCUGUCAAAGAGCUGGCAAGACCAAUCAGCCAUAGCAAAGGCUCGCAUGGCGUUCCAGGAGUGUUCUUCAAAUAUGAUAUGGCGGCAUUAAAGAUUCAGGUCUACCAGGAAAGGGAAAAUUUAUUACAAUUUAUGUUACGUCUAUUCUCUAUAAUUGGUGGUAUUUAUGUCAUCAUUAGUUUUAUUAAUACUUUAGUUCUUACCGCUAAGACAUUGCUAGUUAAGAAACCAGAUGUUAAGAGGCAUGAAGACUCUUCGCCCAAGUAUAUGAAGAAGAAUCUCUUGUUAACGACACCUGAUCUCAUCCCGGUGGACUUAAAUCAAUGA